AUGGCUCAAGUCACGGCUCAGCGCCAGAUAGUGGCCACCAAACCCAAGUUGACUCAAAAGCAGAGUACUGAGACAGUUCAAGUCAUGCUAUACACCUCGUGUACUGACAAGCCGUGCAGAAGUAUCUUUCCCGCUUUGGCAUUUGAUGUAGUCGAACUCGCCGAAGAUGAUGAAUUCUACACCUUUGAGAACCUCAUGAAUGGCAAACACCCCCGUCGAGAGCAGCCACCUUCACCGUCCAGCACUUCGGCAAGAUCAUCAGAGCCUAAAAUUCCGAAGAUUCCAUUGCUCAAGAGAGGUCGAAGCAUCCGUGCAGACCAGUUCCUCGAUGCUCUUAACACAGCGUUUGAAGCAUUGCACCGAGGCACAUUGCAUGCCCUGCGAAUCCCUUUCAUGGGUGAUCCUGAUGUCAACGCAGACUCUCUCGAACUGUGGUCAUUCCGUAUCAUCUACAAGCAAUCUCCAGAGGGUGGACGUGAAGUUCAAGGACUCGAAGCCAACCUCGGUAACGAAGAAACGUUCGAUCCGAGUCUUUGUGUCAGCGAUUUAUUGCUCAGAGUGGAAGAGCAAUGCAAAACACUCCCACAAUUACCUGACGACCGCUAUAUUCAACCCAGUAUCUUGUACAAAGACAACGGAUGGGAGCCGAAAGGCUACGUAAAAACUCAAUCUCAGCAGUCCGUUGAGGGAUUUGCCGGCUGGCAACCAUAUAAGGCAGAUCUAGGCAUCAUCAGUGGUCUUCAUCACGAUCUCGCCCUCCGCGUCUCGGCCCUCAAACAUGAGCAUUCGAGCACAAGACGGAUUUCCCAGGAUCUCCAAUCUCGCAAGUCUGGUGCGAACAGAGAAUCACAGCUUGACAGCAGUCCCGCCGCCCUCGCUGGGGGCGAUUCUCCUAUUCAAACAAGGACCACCUCUCCAACUUCACGUAGAAGGACCUCUGCCGAUUCAGCUAUACCAGAAACUCCUCGGCAUCUUGGUCAGCCCGACAAAGACAGAGUAUCUCCUGCAGAUUCCCACGCUCUCACAGAAGCCACAAACAACCACGUUCUUAAUGCGGCUGGGCUUCUCAGACCGAACGUAUUGCAGAGUCGAACUGCAAGACCUGCCACCUCAGAGCAAUUACAACAACAUGAUUACUCCAGUGCAUCGCAGAUUGAAGACGAUAUAAGACGCAGAAAUUCACUGGAAAACAUGGUAAGUCCUUCAUCGUCCAGGACUUGUCACAAAACUUACAAGCUGUUCAGUUGA